UGUCUGUGAGAUUUAAAUGCUGGACGUACGCGCUGAACAACAAAUCGCAAAUGGAUAUAAAUGUGAACGAACUCAUAAUUUGUGAGUUGGCAGAUGAAUAUUUGGAUAAUACAGAAAAUAUCCAUCAGGAUUUGCUGUUUAAUCACAACAAGAAACAAUGGCGAAUAAAACGAUGUUUGACGGCAAAUGCAAAUGUCCUAAUCAAUAUUAUCGCGAGCUACGAGGGUGUGCGCACCAGAAAACUUUGCUUUCAAGCGCUUCAAUCGCAGGAUGGACAUUCAACGCUCGUACUGCUUCAAAAGCAAGCUGCCGGUGCAUACUCAGCCAAUGCAUUGGACAUGGAACUUGCUGCUAAAAUACUGCCAAUUCUAUUUUGCACUUACACGCCCACCUUGGAGUUUGAGGUGGUCAAAGAGCAACAUCAGCGACAGCGCGAGCUAAAGAGCUAUGUAACAACGCAACUAUACAAUGCGUUGUACAGCAAGCAUCAGGAGCAGCAAAGUGAUGAAUCACUGCCAUCAAGCUUAUCCCUGCCGAGCACUUUUAAGUCGCAGCUCAGGCAAUAUCAGAAACGUACUGUUAGCUGGAUGCUGAAUCGAGAGCGCCUUUCUAAUGAAUUUCCCGCCAGUUAUAUAGUACUCACGACUGUCGACGGCCAGCAUCGAUUGUUCAAGCACAAAUACUGCCUGCAAUUCUAUGCAUACGAAAAUACACUGCCCCGAUACGUGUUGCCGCCGGGCGGCAUUCUGGCGGAUGAGAUGGGCCUGGGUAAGACUGUCGAGCUGCUAGCUACCUUGCUGCUACAUCCUAGAACCAAUGUGAACAACGAAUACUGGCUCAACUUAUUGGAGGAUGUGGAAGGCAAUUUGCCGCUCAAGCGGAGGUGUACCACAAGUCGCAAAGUCCAUUGCAUUUGUGCGCAUGAAAGGAAGCUGUGCGAGAGUAUUCAGUGUACGCGUUGUCGACUGUACCAGCACCAGAUGUGUGUAGUGGAUGACACCUCGGUUUAUAUCUGCCCCAACUGCUGGAAAGAAUGGAAGCAGGACUGUUUCAAGCUGAUAGAAUCGGGCGCAACCAUUAUUGUGUCGCCCAAUGCCAUCAAGAUGCAAUGGUACCAAGAAAUCAGCAAGCACAUCAGCUCAUCGCUAAAGGUGUUACUCUAUCCCGGCCUGCACACUGGCGUCUGGUAUAGCCCAAUGCAAUUGGCCCAAUACGAUAUUGUGCUGAUCGAUUACUCCAUCCUAACCCGCGAGAUUCAUCAUACAUCGAUAAACUCAACGGAUCGUAAGAUGCGCUAUGAGCAGCGUUAUAUGCGGUCCAGUUCACCAUUACUGAUGGUCAAUUGGUGGCGCGUCUGCCUGGACGAGGCCCAAAUGGUUGAGAGCGGCACAUCGCAGGCAGCGGAAAUGGUGCGUAGCCUGCCCGCAAUCAAUCGCUGGGCAGUCACUGGCACACCCAUACAGCGUACUAUUGAUGAUCUGGCGCCGCUUUUAAAAUUCGUCGGCUUCAGCGAGGCUUGUCAGCCAUGGGAUGCCUGGCAAACGGUGACCAAUUCUUUCCUGCUCAACCACAAGGCUGAUCCGUUGCUGGAACUGCUGCAGCACAGCAUGUGGCGUACAUGUAAAUCCAAAGUGGAGCACGAGCUGGGUAUACCGCCACAGAUGGAACUGGUGCAUCGUCUACAGCUGAGCAAUGUUGAGUCUCUCUAUUAUCGCGAUGAGCAUUGCAAAUGCACUGAACUCUUUUUGGCUGCAGUUGCGAAACACACGAAACACAAUCCGGCGAGCAACAGCUCCUGUUUGGCAUCAAUUUCACCUAAACUUUUAAGGAUAAUAUUGCAGCCAUUUCUGCGUAUACGGAAAACGUGUUCGAUUCCAGUUGUUCUUAACAAAAAAGAGUCCACCACAAAGUAUUUGAAUCCACAGGAUUUGUGGGCGCAUCUUAAGUCCAACACUGAAAUGCAGUGCAAGCGUGAGAUUCGUACAUGGGCCUCAUCCUACAAUGGCAUCGCUGCCAUACAUUUCAUUCGCAAGAAAUACAGCCAGGCAAUUCAGAGUUAUAAGCAGGUGCUGAAACUCGUCAACGACUACAAUGAGGAGCACAUAUCCGUGGACAGCUUGCUGCAAAUACAUACAUUGCACAACUUAAUGCAGGCUUCUGAACUGGCAUCAGACACGGAGCAGUUGGAUGACGAGGAACUCUCCACUCUUCGUUUGAAACUGAACACCCUAGAGCGUAAAUAUUUGGAUGACAAGACAUCUGUAUUGCAAUCAGCUCAAAAUGCCUAUGAAUUGAAGCUGGAAGAGCUGGACAAAUUGACGCAGCAAUUUGAUUCUAGUAUAAUAGAUUUAUUUGCCACUCUAAUCAACAUAAGCGAUUCACUGCACAAUGCAAUUUGGAACAAGAUUGUGGACGAUCUCAUAAGAAAAAACAUUUCUGCGGAGAAGUUGCAGAAUUUGAACUCCAUGUCGGGCGUCCUUUACCUAAUGCACACGUGGCACGAUAGUUUGCAGAAGGUACACAAUCGUCUAGUCAAAGAAUUUGAUUUCCUGAAGGACAUUCUGCUUCAGGCCAGUGGUGCUGUAGAACAAGGACUUAACUUAACUAAGAAAGCUAUCAGUUUUGUUAAAGACGUCUCCGAUUGCCAUUUGAUUUAUAUUUUGGAUGAAAAUCCAAUUGAUAAACCAACAAGAACUGAGAAAAAGAUAAAAAAUCAUUGUCGCUUGUGCAAAAUUAAUGAUAUUAUUAAUGAGUUUGAGUGCCUGCUGUUUGCCAAGCAACUUGACAAAGAAGGCGCCAUGACGGAUGGUGACGAGAAUCCCAGCCUCGAAAUCAUUUUAAUCAGAGUGGUUUUCACAUUUCUGCGCUCCAAACCCGAAUUCAGCGAGUGGAAAACGGAAUGCAAAAAUAAGUUGGAAAUACUGGAUGUCAUGCAGAGCUUGGUUAAGGCACAGAUAAAAUACUGGAUUGAAGCGGAAUAUAUGAUCAAAGCGUUCGAUGAGCUGGACAUGUGUAAGAUGCGAAUGUUGCUCACUGAUAACCCUGAGGAGCAAUCCAAUUUUCGCAUAUUGCACUGCCAAUUGGACGAACAAACGCAAUUCAAUUUGGCAAAUAUUCAAGAGGCACAGCUGAAUUUUACACGUUUUUUCUGUCGUCUCAAAUAUCUGAAGCAUUUAAAGGAGGAUGUCGAUGACACGCCCUGUCCCAUUUGCCAAACUCAGGAUGAUGAGCGCUAUGUGAUGAUGUCUUGUGGUCACUUUCUGUGCCAACAAUGUCUGGAGAAAAUGAAAAAGCAAUUGGGUCGUGAAGGCACAUCAAAGUGUCCAAUGUGUCGGCAAUAUUCGCCACAGCUGUAUUAUUACGUCCGCAAAGGUGCCAACAGUUCCACAGUCAUCGGUGAUUUCUCCACAAAAAUUGCAUACAUUGUCGAGUUGGUGCUGAAAAUUAAAUCUGGCAAUGAUCAGGAAAAAGUAUUAAUCUUUUCACAAUGGGCAACCAUAUUAAACUAUGUAGCCAUUGCUCUGAGACAUAAUGGUAUCGAGCACCGCAGUAAAUUUACAAAUCGUGAUAUUGAUGAGUUUAAGGAUUCUGCACUCAACGUUACUUGCUUGCUGUUGCCUUUGGCGAGGGGCGCCAAGGGCCUGAAUUUAAUCGAGGCUACCCAUGUUUUUCUAAUAGAACCAAUUCUAACGCCAGGUGAGGAACUCCAGGCAAUUGGACGUGUUCAUCGUUUCGGCCAGACAAAACCCACAACAGUGCAUCGUUUCAUUGUAAAUGGUACAAUCGAGGAGAACAUAAUGAAACUUAUAAAGUCAGCUGAUGAUAAAUCAACAUUAUCUUCGCACUGGGAUCUAGAUAAUAUGACACUGGAUAGCCUCAGAGAUCUCUUUAUACUUAAUGCUAAUUAAUGUAUGCAUGCUACGUAUAUGUUUGUAUCGUAUAUUAACUCGAUGAUGUAACGGCGAUCUUUUUUUUGGGCCCAUUUAGUAAUUAUGGUUUACAUUCAAAUAAAACAAAAUACUUUUGACA